GUGUUGUUGUAUGACGUCACGAUGUAAAUGUCAUUUUAGCUUUGGGGUGUGAUGGGGAUUUGUUGCUAAAUGGGUAGCGGUGUUACUCUAUGAUAAUUGACACGUAAGUUUUGGACGGAAUUGUUUUUAUAUCAAUUUAUAUACUCGCUCCUAAAGUACAAAUUAAGUGAUCAGUGAUAUAAUUCGUAAAUCUUUGACGUGUGUGUAGGGCGUGAUUUUGACAUCUGUCAAAGUAGAGGGCGGUGACGUUUUCGGAGAAUUCUCAAUUUUCUAAAUUAUUGAACUGAACAAACCGAGUGUUUUUAUAAUAAUUACAACAAAAGUGCCUUGAACAAAUGUGCACAAAAAAUUUGCUGGACACCAAUUUUUCUACACGUUAAGAGACUUGUCGAAAAUUCCCCUAAGCGAAUGUGGUAAAUUGAUAUUACCUCACUCGCCUUCUUCUUCAAAUGAUUCUUUAUUACGGAAAUCUGGGCAGUAACGGAGGAGGCACAAGGGCGCCGUUUCCGGGCGGCGUGAAGCCUCCUAUGGCCACGCAACACCAGACCAGCUUCCGCGGUCAGUGGAACAGCCAUCCAGGAGGAGGCGGUUCCUACUACCAGCGUUAUCCGACCCAGGCGCAGGUCAAUUCCUACAACCCUAGUUCGAACACUACCUCCGCCACGUAUACCCCUAGUAAUUCGUACGGUAACCAUAGAGUGCCAACCGCCCCUUCUCCCAGUAACACAAGUAGCUCCAGUAGUCACACAGGUAGCCAAACCGGCGCUGUCUCUACCUCUCUCAGCAACAACAUGCCGUCACAAACCCAAAACUCACAGUCACAGUCCAACUCACACUCAAAUUCAAACUCACAUUCGAGUUCACAAUCGUCGAGUGGGGAGCAACUAUCUAAGACCAACCUUUACAUUCGGGGAUUGAAUCCUUCUACGACCGACAAAGAUCUAGUAGGGCUCUGCUCACAGUAUGGAACUAUAAUUUCAACCAAAGCCAUUUUAGAUAAGAAUACUAAUAAAUGUAAAGGUUACGGAUUUGUAGACUUUGAAUCUCCGGCAGCAGCGGAGGGUGCUGUAAAGGCUCUAGUAGCCAAGAACAUCCAGGCACAGAUGGCCAAAGUGGGUAUCCGGUUUACCCGUAGACAGCACACUCAACAAGAACAGGACCCAACAAAUUUGUACAUAGCAAACUUACCUCUCCACUUCAAGGAGACUGACGUAGAUAACAUGUUAGCGAAAUACGGACAGGUGAUAUCGACUAGAAUUUUGAGAGACUCGUUAGGCGUCUCGAAGGGUGUCGGAUUCGCGCGAAUGGAAUCCAAGGAGAAGUGCGAACAAAUUAUACAAAUUUUUAACGGGUCGCCCCUAUCGGGAAGCAAGGAACCGCUUUUAGUGAAGUUUGCCGACGGCGGCAACAAAAAAAAGAACCAAUACAAGAACAAUGACAAUUCGAGGAUGUGGAGGGACGGCGCCGAAGGUAUCGCUCCGGUCGCUUACGAUCCGAACGCGCUCGCGCAGAACGGCGUCGCCGCGCAGCACAUGAUGCCGGCCACCAUCUCGAAUUACGGCAGGCAUUACGGACAGAUGCCCGCGUACGCUAUGCCCAGUACACCUUGGGUUCCUCAGUAUGUUAUGUCCGCGCCCAUUCCUCAAGUUGACGAUGGCUACAAUUUAGCUGCUUCUCAUAUGGGCGCGGCGUAUAAGGGCGAUGGGCAACCUCCGAGAGGAGUUUCUGUUAUGCUCCCUUCACCCGAACCUACCACCGUUUCUUAUAAUCACAUGAUUCCUCAGUUGACUGCUCAAAUGGGAGCAAUGCACCUAUCGACAGGAUCUUAUAUAUCUCCUUCUUACCCUUACUAUCCUCCCAUCAUUCAGGCGAUGCCCGUCGCAGAAUCGGAGCACACCUCGAACGCCGCCAGUCCGGACGAGCCUUAUCAGGCGUACCAACCACCUAAGUAGAGAGUUGCGAUAAGUAGAAUGUUGCAGAGUUUAUAGAUUUCUUAAAUAUCUUAUAUUUUUUAAUAUAUUUAUUUUGCCGCUUUUUAUUUAUUAUUUUAUAUACUUAAAUUAUUGACGAUAUCGUCUUGAACUUAUAUUUUCUUUCAAACGUGAUACUUUUCUCCUCGCCUACGAUUUACAUAUUUUUGAACGCAAUGAAAUAUUUUUGGUAUCUAUAAAUUCUCUGCCUGUAGUAUUAUAUAAAUAAAUGCGCAAGUUCAAAAUUGCAUGAGAAAUUUUUCUAGCUCUUCUGCUGCUUUUUUACGUUUGCUACAGUUAUUUUCACAAUAGACUGAAGAUGCAACAGGGACAUUUUUGAAAACUUGUGCUUGGGAAGAUGCAAUAUUUUCAUUCGUAAAUAGAUUUAAUUAUCAGUGCUGGUUAGAGUGUGCUUUGGAGAUCUGUUAGACGUGACGAAAAUAUUGAGUACGAUGAUUGUCCUUGUUUUGCAGAAACGGGAUAAGCGAAAAAUGUGUACUCUACUGUUUCGGAAGUGGCUCGUUUUACCAAUACCACUGAAUACUCUUUAAUCCGCCUGCGAUUGAAAACACGAGAGGUGUGUGUCGUAGCUUUAGAUAAGUCGCCUAGUAGUGUUUGUUUUGUACAUUGUUUUUUUGAGGUCAACGAUGUCGCUCGAAGCUAUUGAUUUAUGGCAUAUUUAAUGUUUGAUGUCUUGAAAUUCUUAUGAGAUUCUAAAGUAACUGUGCAGACUGAAAAGGCAGCAGUAAAACAUGAGAAUUGUAGUUGAAAUGAUCUUCCCAAGCCAAAAGGCAUAGGUUAGGUAAAAUUAGCGAUUUUAUUUUUGAUGAUAGUCUACAUACGUAGGUAGUUACGUUUGCAAUGCAGGUAUUAGACUGCUCAUUAAAAAAUCAAAUGCAUCUUCCUAAUUAUAUAAGCCAUAUUCAAUACGAACUGACUUCCAAUCAUGUCAUUUACAUGUAUCUGUGUAUCGUAUUGUCGAUUUUUUUUAUAUUGUUCGCAUAAAAUCGUACUAUUCAAUUUAUACGGUUCGUUUCGAAGUGUCUCCCUUCGAAACUUCUUUGUGUAUUAUAUUUCUGUCGAUUGUAAAUUAUUUAUUAGUUUAUGUACGUUUAAAUGCAUUAUUUAAAAAUUUAACCCGUUCAUUGUUGACAUUCCAGAUAUUUGUCAGAUGUUUUAAAUUGUGAGUAUUUAUUUGAGGAUUCAUUUAUCGAGGUGCCCAUAGAGUGACGGAACUGACCUAAUUGUGUGCGUGUGACUUUUUUUCGGUUCCAGAUACAUUUUGUUAGUGCAAUUUAGCUUUCUGUUUGUACAGUUUUUUCUUUUUUGUUUAUAUGGGAAUCUUUAUAAAUGGACUGACUAGAUAAUGUUGAAUCAGUAAAAUGAUUUAUCGCAAUUGUUGCAAUUAAAGAAGAUCCCCCCCCCCUCCCCUCCCCCUCUAUGAUGUUUCAAUUUUGUACAGUGUAAUUUAUAUAUGAAUGGCUUAAGUGCUUCUGUUCUUGCAGUGGUGGCGAUAAAGAUUGUGUUAUUUCGUUUUCUCAUUGAUUGUUCAUCGAUAUCGACCCAAAAUAAAAAAAGCCUUGACGAUCAAAGAUUUAGGCUGACCUGGUUUUGUUAAGGGUACACCUAUUACGGUUCUUAAUGAACUUUAAAAAUGAUUGUGUACUGUUUGUUGUUUUAGACUAUAAUUUUGUUUCCAGAUUGUUUAUAUUAUAGAUAGGUAGAUUAUUAAUUGGAAGUUUUCAAAUAAACAUACUUUAAAUUUUUGUUAAUAAUACUUGAAAGGUUUUAUUUACCACUUGUUGUUCUACAGACACCUUCUCUCAUAUCUUUCCUUCGAGCUAACUCACUCAAACUUGGAAUAAAGUAACUAAGCUUCUUUUUUGCCAUCUCUCCUCCAACCAAUCGACUAAUAAAUCUUUCCAAAAAAAACACAACAUUCCAAACAGUUGUCUUUUGUUUCAAAAAAUCCAUUAACUUAGUUCUUUCAUCCCAAUUUAUCUUGACUUGGCUUUUAACGGUAAAGAAUUUGAAAGACGGGGUCGUUGCCCAGUAUACCACACCAGUGCAUGGUUCGUUACCAAAUCAUAGAAGACUUAAUCAUUACAGUAACAGUUCUGUGUCGACAAACAAAGGAGUUCUGUCCAAAAUCCACUGUGUUACAGCACUUCAAUUCAAUAUCGGUCGAAGAAGGUUACUUUCAAAACUAAAGUCGGUUCAGAUGCUGUAAAUAAAUUGAAUUUUCGACAUGACACCCCUAAACCCAACAUUGUGACUUUAGAUAUUUUACCUGGUGAAAAUUUCACGCUGCCAAAGUGAGCCACAGAACUGAUCAAAUUUCAUGUAGAUUUUGUUGAAUUUUUUUGCCGGUAGCGCGGUGUGUGGGAUUGGAUCAUUUUUAAAGUUCACAAUACACAAUAAACUCAUAGACGAAAAAUAACCAGGUAUAUUUGAAAGAACGUCGCAUUAUAGAAAUCGUGCCUUUUUCAGAUAGUCCAUUGACAGGGAUUUACUGAAAAAUAUUUUAAAUAUAUUUUUUUAAUCUCGGUGUUUUCGUAACCGAAAAAAACCAAAUUUUUAACUUCUAGUUGUUUCUGUAUGUUGUAGGCAGUUUAAAAACUUAGUUUACGUUAUUUCUUUAGAAUUGUCAGUGGGCAGUGGGGAGGGUGUACACCCCUUAGUAUUUCUGCUAUUGCAGGUCGCGGUUACACCGCCUCCCCAUCAUGUCUGUUGUGUGUAUAGCUAUCAAAAAAAAAAAAGAAAACCCUUAGUGUUAUUAUGAUGGGCGAUUUCUGAUUUUGCCUUUUCGCUAAAGCUAAAGGGUAAAGCAGCGAAAAUUGACCCGCAACUAACUUGACACAUGUAAUAUUACUAUGUUAGAUAGUGCACGAUUGGUACUCAUAGUCGUAAACCGAUAAAAAAAAAAGUAUUUAUAUCAAAUUGUUAGUAUCGAGCGGACGUGCAAAACUAUGAAGAUUUUUACACUGUUAACUGAUAGAUUCAGUUUAUUUUGGUAUUAACCAUACAUUUGAUGGUAUAAAACUAUUUUUUAGACCUUAUUGUCGAUCGAGUCAAACGACUACCUAUAAGUCAGGCCGGAGAAGUCCGUGCCUUGUAAUAUAAAAAUUGAAAGCGGACAGCCGCAACUAGACUAGGUUAGCUUGUAGAUUUAGUGUAGUAUGUUUAGUUGUAGGCGUUAGAACUCUUAAGAUUUGUAGGUAGGCUAUUUUAAUUAAGAAAAAAAGUGUAGACGUAGGGUAGCCGUAAGUUGAAUAAAGCAAC